UCGUGAGUUCCGAAGAUACCAAACGAGUGGUUAGCCAGCCUCGGUUCGAGAAUCUCUGUGAUAACUAGGAAGAACGUAAAGAGUGCGUUACGUGGAAGAGGACAUCGGGAUCGAGCAAGAUCUCCAGAGAGUGAGUUCAUCGAGUCAAGCGCAGACAGACGAUCGGCAGCCCGUGGCAGUAGCGUACUGGGAUCAAGCAUUGCAUGAGCUGAUCAGGCUAGUUGCUGGAAGCGGAGAGUGAGCAGGUGGUUGAGAGUGCAUGACGACAGCGAGAGAGCGAGAAGUUCAACGUUGCAUGAGCAGUGAGCAGUGAGGAUUUUCAACUCGCGCAGCAGCAUACCUAGUGAGAUAGAAUAAAAUAUUAAAAUGUCGAAUUCUGGGCUCAUUGGUUCCAUCGAUCACUACCAACCUGGCCGAUCCUUUACCAACUACGUUGAGCGAUUUGAGAUUCUCUGUCGUAUUAACAAGGUGAAAGAUGAAGAAAAAUCAUCCUGGUUCAUGUCCUUAGGUGGUGACGAGUUAUUCGAUGAAAUCAAGUUACUCUUUCCUAAGCAAGACGUGAGCACCCUAUCUUAUGAGGAUAUUGUUAAAAAACUUAAAGCUCGCUUUGACAAAACGGAACCUGCAUUAAUGUACCGUUAUAAAUUUGCAAAUAGGUUCCAGGGACUAAAUGAGUCUACAGAAAAUUUUGUGUUGGCAAUCAAUUUAUUGGCAGAAAAUUGCAAUUUUAAAGAGUUCAAAAAUGAGGCGAUAAGAGACAGAUUGAUUUUUGGGUUGAAGGAUAAGGACUUACAAAAAAAAUUGCUUUCGGAGGAUGAUAUCGAACUGAAGGAGGUUGAAAAGUUAAUAAUAAGCAGUGAACUAGCGGGCCAGCGUUUCAAAGAAGUUGAAAGUACUAACCCUGGUGCAGGUGUUAUGUCUGUUAAAUAUCGGUUAGGCAGAAAGAAAGGCGAUGAUUACAACCAACAACAAGCUGGAUAUUCAGGCCGAUAUCGUUCAAGAAGCAGGAGUUUUGAUCGCGGACAGGGUAGGAAUAAUGGAUUUACCAGGCAGAAUAGCAGUCGGGAGCGUGAUAAUAGCCGCGACAGAUAUGAUCGCAAUACGCACAGUAACGCAGUUUGUAACUAUUGCAAGCGUAGGGGACAUAUAAGGCGGAAUUGUUACAUAUUGCAAAAUAGAAGCGCUGUAAAGUUUGUUGAUGAGGUACAGGUUGUAGAAUCACAGCAAGUCAGCAAAUUCGAUCGUUUGAAGCUACGUGAUUCUAGUGCGGAGUCAGAUAUCAGUUGCAUGCAAAUUUCGUGCGUGAAUAGCAUUACUGAACCAUGUUUAGUGGAGGUAGUAAUUGAAAACAUUAAACUCACUAUGGAAAUCGACACUGGCUCAGCUGUAGCAGUGUUGAGUGAGAACCUCUACAGAAAAUAUUUUAAACACAUUCCUAUUUUGACUUGUACAAAGAAGUUAGUUGUGGUAGAUGGUGCUAAGCUUUCAGUAGUGGGACAGAUUUCUGUAAGAGUGUGCAUUAACGACCUUGAAAUCAAAAGCACAAUGAUAGUGUUGAAAAGUGAGAGGGAUUUUAUUCCGCUGCUUGGAAGGGACUGGAUGGAGGCUUUCUAUCCAAAUUGGAAAAAACUAUUCAUUAACAACAUUGAACAGACGACCAAAGAGCAACAAGCCUUAGAUCCCAUUGUAGGGUAUGAGGCUGAACUGACAGUUAAACCCGAUCAACCAAUAUUCAAACGUGCGUAUCAAGUGCCCUACAAAAUUAAGGACAAGUUUCUUGAACACCUGGAUAUGUUGGAAGAACAAGGCGUUAUAACCCCGGUAAAAGCGAGCGAAUGGGCUUCGCCCGUAAUUGCUGUUUUGAAAAAGGACAACGAGAUCAGAAUGAUUGCGUUAGGAACCCACGUUUUGACGGCACACAGAAGUCAGCUAAAAAAGAUGUAUCAUCCGAAUCGACGCUCUAAGGUGAUUAUGCCGGUGAGAAAUAACCAGAAACGUCGACGUGUAUCUAUCGAGGAAGAACAAGACUUCCCAGGGUUUCCUGAAGCACAACUUCAAUCGGAAGAACGACAGGCGAAACACAGGAAAGUGAUGAUCAGAAGCCCUAUCGAAACUAGAUCAAAGAAGAGGCUAGGUGCAUGUCGCACUGAAAGCGAAUAGGUCAUUCAAUUAUUUCAAUAAUUGUUAUCUGAAAUUUACAAUUGCAUUAAUUAGAUUAAUCCAAUUUCUGAAAAAGGGAAGAACUGUUAUGUAUCCGUUAAACGAUUUAGAUUUAGGCACUCAAAUGAAUAUGUGCGUUCGAUAAAAUGAUGAAGAGAGCGGUUCGCUCAUCGAGUAUGAAAUAAAAGUAAGUCAGUCGAAGUCCAUCAGUGAGUCGAGACAGUCAAGCUAAUUCCAAGUGGUUUUAAUAUAACGUGAAAGAAGUGUUUGAAGUAAGGAAGUUUCCUCCGCAGAAGUGUAGUGUCCGCCUUGUAGGUUGAAGUCCACUUUGAGCAGUAUAUGCAGAUUUA